GCUUUGCGUGCGCGCGCCUGCGAAUGCGUGUGCGUGCGUGUGUGCGCGCGCGCGUUACUGUAUUAGCAGUAACAGGAGGGAAUGGAGUAAGAACAGCAGAAACUCACUUACUGAACAGCACUAAAGCUACAGAAUACACAUCAUAGGAAAGUCUUUGGAGUGUUUUGCAUCUUAUUCACUUCAAGAGAGAAGGAGAAAGAAAGAAAGAAAGAAAGGCUGGUGACGGAGCGGCUGUUUAUAUCUGCUGUAAUAACAUUGGAAAAAUAUCAUCUCAAGCUGUGACUGUCUGUGAGCUGUGUGAGGAUUCUGUGGGUGUGGCCAAGAAGAGUGAGGAGUGCUGAUGGUGACGAUGAAGCCCAGAAUAAGUGCUGCCUGGAUCCACAGUGCCGUGCUGAACACACACCCUUGAGCUUUUGAAGAGCAGGACGAAAUGAGAUAAACACUGGAUGAUUGGAGUCUCAGCAUGGCAGGACUGCAGCUGGUGACCCCUGCCUCCUCUCCCAUGGGGCCUUUCUUCGGCCUGCCGUGGCAGCAGGAAGCUAUCCACGACAACAUAUACACACCAAGAAAAUAUCAGGUUGAACUUCUCGAAGCAGCUCUUGAACACAACACUAUAGUCUGCUUAAACACAGGCUCAGGGAAGACGUUUAUCGCAGUACUUCUUAUUAAAGAGCUCUCCCACCAAAUCCGCCAGGAGGCUGGGAGGAGGACCGUUUUCCUGGUCAAUACGGCUUCAUCUGUGGUUCAGCAAGCCUCCACUGUGAGAACCCAUUCGGAUCUUCGGGUUGGGGAAUAUAUAGACAACACAGCGUCAUGGACUGAGGAGACUUGGGAUGAAGAGAUAAAGGAAAAUCAGGUGCUCGUUAUGACGUGCGACAUCUUUCUGCACAUGCUGAAGUUCGGGGUCUUGCCACUAUCACAGAUCAACCUGGUCAUUUUCGACGAGUGCCACCUUGCAAUCACGGACCACCCCUAUCGGGACAUAAUGAAGAAAUGUGAGGACAGUCCAGGCUGCCCACGUAUCCUAGGUCUGACCGCUUCAAUUCUGAAUGGAAAAUGUGACCCAUCUGACCUGGAGGAGAAGAUCCAGAACCUGGAGAAGAUCCUCAAGAGCAACGCCGAAACUGCCACCGAUCUUGUCGUACUGGACAGGUAUGCGACCCAGCCUCGAGAGGUGGUGCUGGACUGCGGCCCUUACCAGGAUAACAGUGGCCUGUCUGAGAGGCUUCUAAAUGAGCUGGAUGACGCUCUUCAUUUCCUCAAUGACUACAACUUGUCUGCACAUCGGGAGGAUCGGGACCCCACCUACAUCUCCAAACAGGUUCUGAGUGACUGCAGGGCCGUUCUGACCGUGCUCGGCCCCUGGUGUGCGGAUAAAGCCGCCGGCAUCAUGGUGCGCGAGCUGCAGAAGUACAUCAAGCACGAGCAGGCAGAGCUGAACCGCAAGUUCCUGCUCUUUGCCGACACCAUCCUGAGGAAACUGCACGCUUUAUGUGAGGAGCACUUCUCCCCGGCGUCGCUCGACCUAAAGUUCGUCACUCCCAAAGUGAUCAAGUUGCUGGAGAUCCUGCACGAGUAUAAACCCUUUGAGAGGCAGCAGUUUGAGAGUGUCGAGUGGUACAACAACCGCAAUCAGGACAAUUACGUCUCAUGGAGCGACUCUGAGGACGAAGAUGAGGACGAAGAAGUCGAGGUGAAGGAAAAGGCAGAGGCCAACUUCCCCUCGCCCUUUACCAACAUUCUCUGUGGCAUCAUCUUCGUGGAAAGGCGUUACACGGCGGUCGUUUUAAAUAGGCUUAUAAAGGAGGCAGGUAAGCAGGAUCCAGAGCUGGCCUACAUUAGCAGCAACUUCAUCACUGGCCACAGCAUCGGCAAGAACCAGCCACGCAACAAGCAGAUGGAGGUGGAGUUCAGAAAACAAGAGGAAGUGUUGAGGAAAUUCCGGGCACACGAAACUAACUUGCUAAUUGCCACCAGCAUCGUAGAGGAAGGUGUGGAUAUCCCAAAGUGCAAUCUGGUGGUCCGGUUCGACUUGCCCACAGAAUAUCGGUCCUACGUGCAAUCCAAAGGCCGGGCGCGUGCUCCUGUCUCCAAUUACAUCAUGCUUGCCGACAGCGAACGCACUAAAGCAUUCGAAGAGGACCUCAAGACUUACAAGGCCAUUGAGAAGAUUCUCAGGAACAAGUGUUCCAAGUCAGCGGAGUGUAACGAGUAUGAGGUGGAGUCCAUAAUGGACGAUGACAACAUCCUCCCUCCAUACUCUCUGCGCUCUGACGACGGAGGCCCCAGAGUCACCAUCAACACCGCUAUUGGCCAUGUUAACCGAUAUUGUGCAAGGCUUCCUAGUGACCCGUUCACACACCUGGCACCCAAGUGUAAGACUGCAGAGCUGAAAGUGGGUGUGUACCAAUCCACACUCUUUCUGCCAAUCAACUCGCCCCUCAGAGAGCCCAUUACUGGGCCCCCAAUGCCCUGCGCGAGGCUUGCAGAGAAAGCUGUUGCACUUGUGUGUUGUGAGAAACUUCACAAAAUAGGUGAGCUGGAUGAUCACUUAAUGCCAGUGGGAAAAGAGACGGUGAAAUAUGAAGAGGAGCUGGACUUGCAUGAUGAAGAGGAAACCAGUGUUCCAGGCAGGCCGGGCUCCACUAAGAGGAGACAGUGCUACCCCAAAGCCAUCCCAGAAUGCCUGCGAGGCAGUUACCCUGUGCCGGAGCAGUCUUACUACCUAUACGUGAUUGGGAUGGUUUUGACCACACCUCUUCCAGACGAGCUCAACUUCCGCCGGAGAAAGCUGUACCCUCCUGAGGACACCACCAGAUGCUUCGGCAUUCUCACAGCUAAACCAAUACCUCGUAUUCCUCAUUUCCCUGUGUAUACACGCUCCGGUGAAGUGACCAUCUCCAUAGAGCUGCUGAAGUCGGGCUUCAGUCUGAGCUCGUCCCAGCUGGAGCUCAUCACUCGCCUGCACCAGUACAUCUUCUCUCACAUCCUUCGCCUGGAGAAACCUGCACUGGAGUUCAGGCCCACCGAGGCCGACUCGGCCUACUGCGUUCUACCUCUCAACGUGGUUGGGGAUUCCAGUACUCUGGAUAUGGACUUCAAGUUCAUGGAGGAUAUUGAGAAAUCUGAAGCACGAAUUGGCAUUCCGAAUACUCAGUACACGAAGCAGAACCCAUUUACUUUCAGACUGGAGGACUACCAGGAUGCUGUCAUCAUUCCAAGGUAUCGUAAUUUUGACCAGCCGCAUCGCUUCUACGUAGCUGACGUAUACACGGACCUCACGCCUCUGAGUAAAUUCCCCUCACCAGAGUAUGAGACGUUUGCCGAGUACUACAAAACCAAGUACAACCUAGACCUGUCCAACGUCAACCAGCCACUUUUAGACGUGGACCACACAUCCUCCAGACUGAAUCUUUUAACCCCUCGGCACCUGAAUCAAAAAGGCAAAGCGCUCCCUCUCAGCAGUGCAGAGAAGAGGAAGGCCAAGUGGGAGAGCCUGCAAAACAAACAGAUUUUAGUUCCUGAACUGUGUGCCAUUCACCCAAUCCCUGCUUCUCUGUGGAGAAAAGCCGUGUGCCUUCCCAGCAUCCUCUACAGGCUGCACUGCCUCCUGACAGCCGAGGAACUUCGGGCUCAGACGGCCAUCGACGCCGGAGUGGGGGCUCAGAGCCUGCCACCUGGCUUCAGGUAUUCCAAUCUAGACUUUGGAUGGAAGAAAUCCAUCGACAGCAAGUCGUUCAUUUCCUGUCCCAGCACCUGCACAGAGGAUAAUGAUGAUGACGACGACGACGAUGGUGACAACGAUCACUGUAAGCACUCUGCAAGCUCAGCAGCCCCGGAUCACACUGCCCAGGAGGACCUCAGCACCGGCUCGUCCGAGCCCAGAGAGGACACUGUCUCGCAGGAGAAUUGCAACGCACCAGAUGUAAAGCUAGAGAUGUGCGCACACAGAGCCCAGCUAUCAGAAGAACACAGGAGCGAGUGUGAAUGCUCCAGGAACCUCAGCAAUGGCCAUGAUGUUUGCCUAAACUGCCAGCUAGCGAGUGACGUAUCGACACAAACCACUACCUCAGUUCCGAGUGGCGAGCCCCAGGACGGCCAUGAAUGUAACCCAGAUGAGAAAUCAGAUUUCCACGAUGGACGUGUGAAGAAACCUACCUCAGAGCGUUGGCUCGCUUGUGGAACGCCAACCAGCACCGAAGCACCUUCAAUAGCGUCGUCGUCUUCAGCAUCUGAUACUGUAACGCUACCCGGGGACUGUGUGAAAGCUCUGGGCCCAAACCCGGGUCUCAUUCUGCAGGCCCUGACCCUCUCCAACGCCAGCGACGGGUUUAAUCUGGAGCGUUUGGAGAUGCUGGGCGACUCUUUCCUCAAACACGCCAUCACCACCUACCUAUUCUGCACUUAUCCCGAUGCCCAUGAGGGACGGCUCUCAUACAUGAGGAGCAAGAAGGUCAGUAACUGUAACCUGUACCGCCUGGGGAAGAAGAAGGGUCUGCCCAGUCGGAUGGUGGUGUCUAUCUUCGAUCCGCCAGUGAACUGGCUUCCCCCAGGCUACGUGGUGAACCAGGACAAGAGCACCACUGACAAGUGGGACUCGGAUGAGGCAAAAGAAGACAUGGCCAACGGAAAGGCCACCAAGGACGACUUUGACGACGAGGACGAUGUAGACGAUGAUGAGGACGUGAUAUGGAAGGAACCCAAGGACGAGGUGAACGUUGAGGACGACUUGGAGUACUACCACGAGCACAUCAAGUUCAUCGACACCAUGCUAAUCGGCUCCGGCGCCUUCGGGAAGAAGUUCCCCCUCGGUGUCUUCCCUUCUGAACCCAGCUGCGAUUGGAAAGCAACCAAGAAGUCUAUGUUCGCUUCAGAUGGCGGCCAUGAUGACUUUGACUACAGUUCCUGGGACGCCAUGUGCUAUUUGGACCCGAGCAAGGCGGCUGAAGAGGACGAGUUUGUAGUGGGUUUCUGGAACCCGGCCGAGGAGAGCUGCGGCGCUCAAACAGCCAAGCAGUGCAUCUCGUACGACCUGCACACAGAGCAGUGCAUCGCAGACAAGAGCAUCGCAGACUGCGUGGAGGCCCUGCUCGGCUGCUACCUGACCAGCUGUGGGGAGAGAGCCGCCCAGAUGUUCCUCUGCUCGCUCGGCCUCAAGGUGCUACCUGUGAAGAAGAGGAUCAAGAGGAAGAUAGAUGGGGGACAUGACGAUGGGGAUGACACCAGCGGAGAAAGCGAUGGAGAAGACGAGUACGGCUGGCUACAGAUCCCAGCACGCUGCAUGUUCGAGCACCCAGACGCCCAGCGCACUCUCAACCACUUGAUCUCGGGUUUUGAGAACUUCGAGAAGAAAAUCAACUACGUGUUCAAAAACAAGGCCUACCUCCUGCAGGCCUUCACACACGCCUCAUAUCAUUAUAACACCAUCACAGAUUGUUACCAGCGGCUGGAGUUCCUGGGCGAUGCGAUUUUAGACUACCUCAUAACGAAGCACCUUUAUGAAGACCCGCGGCAGCACUCUCCCGGCGUCCUGACCGAUCUGCGCUCUGCACUUGUCAACAACACCAUAUUCGCUUCACUCGCCGUCAAAUACGACUACCACAAGUACUUCAAAGCCGUCUCACCCGAGCUGUUCCACGUCAUCGACGACUUUGUGCAAUUUCAGCUGGAAAAGAACGAAAUGCAAGGAAUGGACUCUGAGCUGCGCCGAUCUGAAGAAGACGAAGAGAAAGAGGAGGAUAUUGAGGUCCCUAAAGCAAUGGGGGACAUCUUCGAAUCACUAGCCGGGGCAAUUUACAUGGAUAGCAAGAUGUCACUUGAGACCGUUUGGCAAGUGUAUUAUCCAAUGAUGAGGCCGCUGAUAGAGAAAUUCUCCGCCAAUGUCCCUCGCUCGCCCGUGCGAGAGCUACUGGAGAUGGAACCCGAGACUGCCAAAUUCAGUCCGGCUGAGAGGACGUAUGAUGGGAAGGUUCGCGUGACUGUGGAGGUGGUAGGAAAAGGAAAAUUUAAAGGAGUUGGUCGGAGCUAUCGCAUCGCUAAAUCAGCAGCGGCACGGCGCGCCCUGCGCAGCCUCAAAGCCAAUCAACCUCAGGUCCAGAACAGCUGAGCUACACACACACAGACGUACAAACACCGGCCCUCUGCGACACACUGAAGCCUCUUCGUGGGCCAUCUUCAUUCUGUGUUCUCCACCGAGAGAAAUUACCAUCGACUUACUCAGAGGCUUCAAACUGAGUUCAUGGGUUCCAUUGUUUUUUUUUGUUUUUUUCUUUUUCUUUUUGCGCAAACACAAUCUUUACCUUUUAUUUCCUCCAAGCUGUUUGAUUACAAGACUGCUUUAUUCUGCAAGUGUUAAAGGUCAGGUGUCUGCUCUUUGUCCUGUUUUUGUAUUAUUAUUAUUAUUAUUAUUUCUUUUUGAGGAAAUCUCCUGCUUUGUUGGUAGUGCGUAAAUCAGCUUAUGCUUUAGAGUAGUGUUAGAUUGUAUAUAGUUCAAAUGAAAGCUAUACAUUUAAAUGAGAGAAAAAAAAUGACAAAAACGCUAAACUCCUCAGUCUGUGCACUAGUGCCAGUUUUUGAAACGUUUUUAAAACGCUUUGAUGGAGAGAGCAGGAGAGAGAGAACACGGAGCGAGAGUGGCGUUUUCCUUGGUCUUGAGACGCUGUCCUUAAACUUCAUUGCACUUAUUUCGUUCUGUUUCGCUCAGUCACGAACAUUUCGUCGGAUCGGCACCAAAUUCAUUGAGCGUAGUGUUUUAGAAAGAAAGACCCUCCUUUAACAUUCCCACUUACUGUAAUUCAGCGUUUUUUAAAAGGAACGAACACGUUAAUGCAGAGAACAGUGAGUGAACUGCAUGCGCACAGUGCUAAUUAGUAGCCAUUCACUUUCAGCCACUGUUAGCAGCAUUGGCGUGUCUGAUCUUUUCCUUUAUAAGCACGAUGCAUGUUUUCAUAGCCGAGUAGACCAACUGGAUGGAUUCUAUUAAAUGUUAAUAUUAAUAGAGCUACCGAUAUAAACCAUUAUAUACAGAGAUCAAUAUUAAGUGUUUAUUACUGUGUUGGGUUUCUGGGUUUCAGGAACCUCUUUUGAUACCAGGAACGAAUUUUUGGUUUAGUUGGACGAUCAUUGCGAGGAUUAGACGUCUCUCCGUCGACUGAUUUUUAGUUUUAAUAUUAGGACACAAAAAUGACAUAUCACUCGGGAAAUAUGCUGCAGAUUUUGUAAAAAAACAAAAAUAAUAAUAAAAAAAAAAGAUCGGAUACUUCUGUAAGACACAGAGCACCUUUACGUACCGAUAUUGUAAUCAUAU